AUGGCUGGGAAGCGAUGGAGUACGACUCUCGAGGUUAUCUGCCUGUUUCAAAUCGUUCUCAUGUGCCUUUUUAUCCGCCUUUUCCCCGCCAUACGUGGCGAAUCAACCGUUUACGAUUUUGACCCGUAUUUCAACCACAGAGCCACAAAGUACCUUGCCAAAGAGGGUUUCACAGAGUUCUGGAAUUGGUAUGAUGACUCGAGCUGGUAUCCGCUUGGCCGUCCAGUGGGUCAAACGCUUUUCCCGGGCCUAAUGACAACUUCCUACGUAUUUUACCGCGUGCUGCGGCUAUUAGGAGUAGUUGUUCGCGUGUCUACCGUUUCCUCGUUUCUCCCACCGGCAUUUUCCUGUUUGAAUGCGCUGAUUGCACACUGCUUCGCCAAGCACGCCAGUGGAUCGCGCAGUGCUGGCUUAUUCGCCGCGUUAUUUGCCGGGAUAUCCCCUGCCUAUGUGAAGACCUCGCUGGUGGGGUCCUACGACAACGAAUGCGUUGCAAUAUUCGCCAUGCUAUCUGGAUUUUACCAGUGGACUCGAGCCAUCAAAAGCGGAUCCAUGUUUUCAGCAUUCUUGACGGCUAUUCCAUCAGCAUAUAUGGCAACGGCUUGGGGAGGCUAUGUUUUUCUGCUCAAUGCGAUCGCCGUCCAUAUGGUCGCGCUCACGGUGCUUGGGUCAGCGACGCCCAGGCACCACGUCGCCUACAUUGUCUUCUAUAUUACUAUGACUGCCCUGUGCAUCAAUGUGCCCUUUCUGAACUUCACCGCUCUCUGGAGCUCAGAGCAUAUGGCAAGCCACGGAGUCUUUCUGUUCGUCGUUGCGCUUGGGGUAUCUCAAUUUGCGUCGAGAUUAAUUCCAGCAACUGCAGUAAAGGAUCUCCGAAAAUGGGUUGCGGGCUUGACUGCGGCGUUGCUGGUCAUUGCCGUGGGUGCACUGGCACUAACGGGCAAAACUGCUUGGUCAUCGAGAUCCCUAACCUUGCUGGAUCCAACCUAUGCAACCAAAUAUGUUCCGAUAAUAGCUUCCGUGUCGGAGCAUCAGCCGACAACGUGGGCGUCUUAUUUCCUCGACCUCCAUAUGAACAUCUUUCUUGCCCCAUUGGGUCUCAUUAUUGCGCUGCAAAGGGGAGGAGGAUCAUUCUUCAUCGGGCUGUAUGGCGUCCUUGCAUGCUACUUUUCUGCUGUCAUGGUCAGAUUGAUGCUGGUCCUCUCUCCGGCUGCUUCCAUGCUUGCCGGGUUCGGAGCGUCUCUUCUUGUGACUCGAAUUCUCGUUCACUCUCGGCCAAUCGGCCGUACCAACAUGCCAAAGCCCGAUGAUUUCCAUGAAGCUUACCACUGGUUUCGUCAAAACACCCACCCCAAAGCAAAAAUUAUGUCUUGGUGGGACUACGGAUAUCAAUUGUCGGAAGUUGGCAAUCGGACAGUUCUUGUGGACAAUAACACAUGGAACAGCACCCACAUUGCAACCGUCGGACUUGCAUUCGCGUCGGAGGAAUCUGAAGCGUACAAUAUUGCCCAGGACUUGGAUGUGGACUAUAUUUUCGUGGUUUUCGGCGGAUUGGCGCGUUUUGCGAGCGAUGACCUCAAUAAACUACUUUGGAUGGUCCGCAUUGCUUCUGGUGUAUUCCCGAGGAUCCAGCAGUCGAACUUUCUGGGUCCUCGAGGGCAGUUCACUGUAGGCAGUGAAGCCCCAAGUAGUCUCAAGAGAAGCCUGAUGUACAAGCUGAGUUAUCACCGUUUCUCUCAAGCUACGAAAGGCUUUGAUUUUGCGAGGAAAGUUCAAAUCGAUAGCACUGCUAUACGACUAAAGCAUUUCGAGGAGGUCUAUACCACCGAAAACUGGGUUGUUCGCAUCUAUAAGGUUCGCAAGAGAGCCGACCGGGAUACAAAGAUGCAUAACGCCAUCGAAAGUGCACUUUAA